GCGCGCACAGGUGUUCACCACAGGUGGAUGGUGAGGAAAUGUGCGUCCUGUAAAACGAGUUCAGCUCUUCCCUGCCGUUAUUUGAGCUCAAUCACUCAUACAGCUUAGGUAUGGCUCACAACUGCGUGGGGAAGUGUGCGCCGUUAUUUUUCCUAGCCAUCGCUUUUGACGUCUGCGGUUUAAUAGUUAUUUUAGUUGGUAUUUUCGCCGAUCUAAAGUUGGACGGUCACUUCUACGGUGAUUUCCUAAUCUACACUGGUGCACUCAUCAUUUUCCUCAGUCUGGCUUGGUGGAUUUUGUGGUACACGGGCAACAUAAAGGUUUACUCUGAGGACUUUGAUAAAAGCACCCUGGACAAUUUUGCGCACUGGGCAAGAAAGUUGUCGGAACCGCUCUCGAAGAGCAAGAUUAAAACUCUGGAAGCUGGGGAGAAGUGCAAGUGGAAUGGAAAGGAAUCAGUGAACGGAACGGUUCCUGAUCAAACUCUAUCACGAAUUACGUGUGAACACAGCAGCAGCCUGACGGGACACGACAAUCUAGGAUAUGACCGAAGUUUUGACCACCAGCCUACAGAGAAAACGGUGGAGUUGGGGAUUCUGAAUAAUUCUGAGGUGUUGCAGAGCAUUAUGGAUGGAAAAGUGGUUAGGCUUCUCUGACACACAGUUGGUAGGUGAUCUCUGGUUCUCCGUUUUUGAAGAAAGUAUGCCUCGCUCCUCCCCAAGAGCUGCUUUUUAAAUCCAUACAAGACUGUAAACCUUUUCGCCUAUAUGAACUAAAGACACUUUAAAUAUAGAAGACUACUUUCAUUCAGGGAGAGGCCCCGCGCUGAAGCAAUCUCCGGGCCCUGCGCAAAGGAUAGAAAUGUCUGUGAAUUUUACUUGUAAAUGGAUAAAUAACUAGAUUAUUUUAUGUCCUGAAUUUUACAUGGUCUGUUUUGAAGAUGUUUUUUUUUUGAAAAUAAUAACGCCAUUUCUCUGGGUUCUUAAUCAGACAUCUGUGACUGGAUAGCUCACACAACAACAAAGAUAUUGGAUUCCACUUCUGCUGGAAGUAGGUGUUAUUCAGACAAAUUGAGGUUCCAGAAAGAGAGAAUUAAUUAGAUAAUUAUAAUAUUCUAAAUCCAUUUGAGGGACAUCAACAAAUCAAAACAACUUCCAAAGCUCAGAUCCUUUAUUCAUGUUUGUGUCUGGUUAGCAGAUCAAUGCUACAUACCUAUCCGACUGGUCUGUUUGGGGUGUGUUGAUUGCACUAAGCUGUCUGUCUGCCACUGGUUAUACUGAUGACAUAUUCCCUACACACACACACUGAGACGGUAUAGAAUGUAUCAUGUAGAACAGAUAAGACUGUCUGUUCUAUUCAUUAUAUUUCUAUAUGCAACAUCCUGAACCUAGCUGAAUACACACCGGCAUAAGGACUAUCUCCAUUCCAGAAACUGCCUUGUCACCUGUAAAAAAAUUAAAAAAAUACAUCUUUACAAACAUUCUCAUGCCUCUACCGAACAUGAACACUCCCCAACAUUUAAAUCCACCUGUAAGGGUCUAGGAUAAACACCUAAUGUGGUUAUGUUAAGGACAGAUGUCCAAAACCCCACGGUAAGGUGGUAGAAGAAUGUUUCACCUCUUGUCUUGUCAUCAUUAGUGAGACAUAAACACGUCUCCCCUUGACUGCAGUCCUGCUGUAGGAACUAUGUGAUGUUUGAUGGCUCCAGCUCAUUGGAAUGUACCAGGGUCUUUAAAACGCAUCCUCUUCCUUGCUUCCUCUUAAUUCAGUCUGAAGCACUGUAGUGUAUGGUAGAUUACCUGAACAACCUACACUCAGCACCUGUACAGACACUCAGCACCUGUACAGACACUCAGCACCUCUACCUACACUCAGCACCUCUACCUACACUCAGCACCUGUACAGACACUCAGCACCUCUACCUACACUCAGCACCUGUACAGACACUCAGCACCUCUACCUACACUCAGCACCUGUACAGACACUCAGCACCUAUACAGACAUUCAGCACCUGUACCAACACUCAGCACCUGUACAGACACUCAGCACCUGUACAGACACUCAGCACCUGUACCUACACUCAGCACCUGUACAGACACUCAGCACCUCUACCUACACUCAGCACCUCUACCUACACUCAGCACCUGUACAGACACUCAGCACCUGUACCGACACUCAGCGCCUGUACCUGUACCAACACUCAGCACCUGUACCUGUACCAAGACUCAGCACCUGUACUUGUACCUACACUCAGCACUUGUACCUGUACCAACACUCAGCACCUGAACCGACACUCAGCACCUGUACCUUUACCGACACUCAGUACCUGUACCUACACUCAGCACCUGUACCAACACUCAGCACCUGUACCAACACUCAGCACCUCUACCUACACUCAGCACCUCUACCUACACUCAGCACCUGUACAGACACUCAGCACCUGUACCGACACUCAGCACCUGUACCGACACUCAGCACCUGUACCUGUACCUGUACCAACACUCAGCACCUGUACCUGUACCAAGACUCAGCACCUGUACUUGUACCUACACUCAGCACUUGUACCUGUACCAACACUCAGUACCUGUACCAACACUCAGUACCUGUACCAACACUCAGCACCUGAACCGACACUCAGCACCUGUACCUUUAACGACACUCAGUACCUGUACCUACACUCAGCACCUGUACCAACACUCAGCACCUGUACCGACACUCAGCACCUGUACAGACACUCAGCACCUGUACAGACACUCAGCACCUGUACCGACACUCAGCACCUGUACCGACACUCAGCACCUGUACCUGUACCUACACUCAGAACCUGUACCUGUACUGACACUCAGCACCUGUACCUACACUCAGAACUUGUACCUGUACCGACACUCAGCACCUGUACCUACACUCAGCAUCUGUACCUGAACCUACACUCAGAACUUGUACCUGUACCGACACUCAGCACCUGUACCUACACUCAGCACCUGUACCUGUACCUACACUCAGAACUUGUACCUGUACCGACACUCAGCACCUGUACCAACACUCAGCACCUGUACCGACACUCAGCACCUGUACCGACACUCAGCACCUGUACCGACACUCAGCACCUGUACCGACACUCAGCACCUGUACCUACAUUCAGCACCUGUACCUGUCCAAACACUCAGCACCUGAACCGACACUCAGCACCUGUACCGACACUCAGCACCUGUACCUGUACCUACAUUCAGCACCUGUACCUGUACCAACACUCAGCACCUGUACCGACACUCAGCACCUGUACCGACACUCAGCUGGAUUCGCUGCCUUCUCUUCUUCACAUCCAUCUUCCUGGACGCUACAGGCCUCAUUCUGUUCUUCCUGGGCAUCUUUGCUCCCUUCAGCUUCUGGGACCUCUUGGUCUUCUCCAGAACCAUCAUCAUGUUUCUCAGCCUGAAUUUCUGGUACGUGGGCAACCUGAAGGUGGACGACUUCCUGCCCAAGUGACCCUCUACUUCUGGGGCUUAGAGAGAUACGGUGGUAGAGGUGAGGACUGGUGAUGUGGGUCUAGAAUGGGCAUGGAGUGAAAAUGUAGUAAUUACAACAUAACGUUUUGAAGACAGAGAAUCCACCCUGAACAUCAAUUGUGUCUUUCUAUAAUCUAGGGUACCAGUGAGGAUUUCCUAGACUGGACAACUUGUUACAGCUGUUGAUAAAGCCAGGUGUACAAUACACUACUUUUGCCUCUCGCAUGAAACAACAGUCUUUCCUGUAAUUUUUUAAUGCUUGGAGCAAAUCCAACACAACACAUCACUGAGCAACUGCCUCCUUAUUUUCAAGCAAAGUAGUGGUUGCAUCAUAGUAUGAGUAUGCUUGACAUCGGCAAAUACUGGGGUGCUUUACACCAAAGAAAUGGGGUGGAGCUUUACACUAGACACUGGGAGAUGAAUUCACCUUUCAGCAGGACAAUAACCUACAACACAAGGCCAAAUCUACACUGGAGUUGCUUACCAGAUGGCAGUUAGUGUUCCUGAGUGGCCAAGUUACAGUUUUGACUUAAAUCUGCUUGAAAAUCUAUGGCAAGACUUCAACAUUGCUGUCUAGUCAUGAUCCCCAACAUCUUGACAUAGCUUGAAGAAUUAUGAAAAUAAUAUUGGCUAAUAUUGCACAAUCCAGGUGUGUAAAGCUCUUUGAGACUUACCCAGGAAGACUCCCAUCUGUAAUGACUCUUAGAGCCUUA